UAAAAUUCCCUUUACACCACAUGAUAUCGUUUAAUAGUUACAUCAUAUCCUUUGGGUGCUUUUGGUUGUUGUUGUUGCAGUUGUGAGGCUUUCCUGGAGACAUUUCUACUUUAGUGUAUAGCUAUUUUGCUUUUCAUACAGACACAAAUCUACUAGCUAUUUUUAUCUCUUAAAUAUCCACUGCCCAUUGGCCAAGGAGCUACAGUCAGUAUAACCUGUAAUGACAAUGAACUGCUUAAACUCAAUGUGAAAUCAUACACACCUCAUAAUCAGGUCAUUAAGUUCAUCUUGAGAGUAAUAUAAAGGAAAUAGUACCCUCUGGGGUCAAAGUACAACAGGAGAGUGUUCUACUAUCACCUGCGGGAGUUCAUUCAACUUCGGAGGAGGGAGACACUGUCUGUGAAGCAGAUGUGUGAAGGGAUAAAAGUUAUCUCACUGUGAUUGGCUGAAGCUCCAUCCAUCCAAGCAUAAGGGAAAACCACAUCCACCACAGACACGGCUCUUUGAGCAGUUCACCCAAUGGCUUAUGGAAGAUAUAUAGUCAUACAAACUUUGAAAAGCCGUUGCUGUUUGUUCGAAUUGAUAUUGCUAGCUGCUGACUCCAUGCUUCCAGAGAAAGUUCUUGACAUUGCCUCGAAUAGAGCUCUUUCUGAGACCCCUUACUUGAUUCAACAAUUCUCUAAGAUCUUCAUUUCACAAGGCAAAAUUCGGAGAAAUUUUUUGAGAACAGCUGCAAAAAAACGCAAUCCUAUCAUUUACAAGUUUGCAAAAGAAUUGUCCACUUCAAAUUCCAUCUUUGUUGAUCAGUGUGGCCUGAGCAUCAAGGCCACACCCUUAUCCCUCAUGAUGCCGGACCCGCGUGGCAAGUCGUACCUGAUCAACGUAUUUCACACUCCAGGCUGUGUGAACUUCUCCGAUGAGGUGACAGCUGCCUUCAGGCUCUGUGAUGGUUUCGUACUGUUUGUGGAUGCUUCAGAAGGGGUUGGUCGUCUAUGGAUCUCUGAGGCCAACUAUCAGGUUGAGAUCAGUCGAGUGCCGGCUGGUAACUGGGUGCUCUUAGAGGGAGUGGACCAGACCAUCACCAAGACAGCCAUCAUCACACAGAUCAACGACUCAGAGGACACGUACAUUCACUCGUAAGCCCCCCAGUGUGGAUGCUGCCCACAGAAUUGUCGAGUUCCUAUUGGAGCCACUCUAUAAAAUAUUCGCUCAUACAGUGGAGAUGUGGACACUAUGUACACUACCACCGGUGACUAAAAGAAACCUAAUAUACUGACAAUUGUUGUUGUGGACAACCCACAUGCAUGUACAUGUGUACUGUAUGCACUAUUAUUGCAAAUUUAUUAUUUAUUAUUUAUGGAUACGGUACAGGCUUAACCACAACCCUCACAGAAUGCAGAUUAGAUAACUAACCACCAAGUCUCAUGAAUCAGCCGCCCUGGGAGAGUCCGUCUGAGCACUUUAGUCUGAACUUUUUUGGCCAGGUCGGAAUUCCGACCUGACCAAUCAGAUCAAGGAUUGACAAAAUUAAAGGAAAUAAAGAAUGACAAGAAGCGUAUGCGUUCUCUACAGUAGGACGCAUUUUAUAGCUAGCGCUAUACGCCUAUAGUCAGCCUAACUGUUGGCUACUGUUAGCCAAGUCAAGGAGCUAUAGUAAGUUGAGUUGACUACACUAGUGCUGUGCAACCUUUUUCUUGUUCUUUUAGCAACAUUCUUGCAGCAAGUCAAACAAAAAUUCAUAGCUGCUAGUCAAGCGUUCGCGGUUGACCUUUUGCAUGCGUUGGACGUAAUUGAAUUCUUCUGGUUUUGACACUGACGUAAUAACAAUUAACAUUCCAUUGUGGAAUGACCUCUCAGUACUCAGACUGACUCUCCAAGGCAGGCUGAUUCUCCAUUGUGGAAUGACCUCUAGACUAAAAUGCUCAGACUGAGGCAGGCUGAUUCAUGAGACUACUAACCACCAAGUCCAUGUGUGUGUGUGCAGCCAUAUACAGAUAAUGGAGAAAAAAGCGUGUUGGUAAACUAUGUACCCACAUGCAUGAUUGUACAUGUGUACUGUAUGCACUAUUAUUGCAUUUCCAUGGAUACCGUACAGGCUUAACCACAACCCUCACAGAAUGCAGAUUAGACAACUAACCACCCAGUCCCAGUCCAUGUGUGUGUGUGCAGCCAUAUACAGCUUCUGUGCAGAUUAGACAACUAACCACCAAGUCCAUGUGUGUGUGUGCAGCCAUAUACAGCUUCUGCGCAGAUUAGACAACUAACUUAACCACCAAGUCCACCUGUGUGUGUGCAGCCAUAUACAGCUUCUGUGAGGGUUGUGGUUAGGCCUAUACAGUAUCCAUGGAAACCUUGAGUAAUGCAAUAAUAGUGCAUUGCAUAGUACAGUACACAUGUACAUGCAUGUGGGCACAUAGUCAUAGCCAACACAUGCAGUAAUUGUCUUUUCUCCAUAACCAUCUAACUCCUAACAUCAAUAACUUUAUACCCCUUCAUUGUAGAUUUACCGGAGCUGAAGCUGCCUCCCACUGACGCCUAUACUUCAAGCUCAAACACAUAUAGUGGACGAGGUCAACAGUCUACUGAGCAUCUACUCCGUUAGCUCCUUUUGCAGUAGCUGCAUGCUCUCACGUUUAACAUUCAGCUAGUUACAAGUUGCCAUGAACAGCUAUACUCAAGAGAAUAUGAAAUAACAGUUGACCUUUUUAUUAGCAAGCUAUAAAUUUGCCAUCCCUAUAAACCUAAGCUAUCUACGGCCCUGCAGUGUGGAUGUUGCCCGCAGCUUUGUCGAGUUUUUGUUGGAGCCACUCUAUAAGACAUUCAAUCAGACAGUGGGAUAUGUAUCAAAUUGUACAGAUGUACGUUUAAAGUUUAAAACGAUGUUCAUAGUUAGUACGCUAUGCACUUUCGACCCUGGCUGUUCUACACUCUGAAACCUUUCAACUGCUUAUACCUAUAUAAGUCGGCUUAACAAUAUUAUAAUUCAUAUACAAUACACCCACGAGCUAGGGUAUAGUAUGCCUCCAUUAUAUUGUGUGGGAAUGUUUCUUUAUACUUAGUGUCCCCUUAAUUGUCUUCCAUUCCCUGUAGAUUGUCCCCAGAGACCCACUGGACGUGAUCUGGCCCCCUGCAGAUGUGAGCAUUGUCGGAACUCCUGCAUUAUUAUAAUUAUUUUAAAGUACAUGCAACUACUGUAUAUAUACUCACAAAAUUGUGGUAUUCUAUACUCUCUAGAUUACAGGCACUGUAGGUAGACAGGACGUCACAUCCAAUGUGAACUCUUUUUAUUCAAGUACAAUAAUUAUGUUAUAAUUAUACUGCUAAGUACAAUCAAUUGCCAAGUACAAAUCAAUUAAUCUAUUAUGUUUUCUUAUUUUACGCUCUUCAGUCAAGUACAAAUCUAUUAUGUUUUCUUAUUUUAUGCUCUUCAGUUAAUGGCAUCAUUUUUAUUCGGAAUCAAGAUCUGAAUUGACUGUGACA